GCAAAAAACGAGGAUCCCAAGUUCCCUUCACAAACUGCAGGGGGAGGCGAACCUCGUGCAGCGCGGCCAUGGCGAAGCAGGGGGCGAAGAAGAUGAAGGACGAGAACAAGAAGCGCUUGGACUUACUCCUGCGCAUCAUCCUCAUAUCCAACGUGAAGCUUAGAAGAAUUGGACCAACUAUUUGAAGAGGCGAAACUAGUUGGACUAAAUAUUUGAAGUAUCUCGUGCUCAAUUUUUUUUUGACUCUUUCCUGUAAGGCCGGAAGGGAAUAACACCCUGCCUAGAACUGGAUCUGGGAUGCCACUUUGCCGUGGCGGGAAUAAAAUUCCCUGAGGAUAAAACUAGGCGGAGAAUUAGCUUAAUUUAGCUUGGCUCAGUGGAAUUACUCAUCUGUUCCUCUGGUAGUCGCCUAUAGUAGCACUGUUGUGAUGUCAGGACUCAUGAGGUUAAUUGAGAACUAUGACAUGGUCCUGAACGACUAAAAAAAUGUAGUGAUGGAUUUCUAAUACUUUAUUGCAAUCCACAAAUGGCAGAAGAUAGCAAAUUGAUGAACCUAACAGUUGAGAGCUCAUGUUAGGGGGGAAAACAUCCCCGCCCAGUACCUUUUGUUUUGCACCGCUCUAAUCCUAUACAUUUUGUUAUUUAAUUCGGUUGGUUUCUUAAAUUUUUUUGUGGUGUCUUAUUUAUCAUGCAAUUUUUAGUGAUACAUUAUGUUAUUCAAUAUGACUAACUUUGUUGAUGUUUCCAUCUAUUUGCAUUUGCCUUGACCUGCUCGUAAGUACGCCAUCAGCUAAUUUGGGUUUAUAAGAACUAACUCAUAUAUGUUUCAUUGUUCUACAGGUUAUUUACAUAGUGGUGAGGAUGGCUAUAAUGCAUUCAUCCUUCACCUGGAAGCAUUGGAUUGGCCUUAUGGUAACAUCGGCCGGAUAUUUUCUUCCAUAUAAGCAACUCGCCAGUAUGGCAAAGCCAGUUUACUCUGAUAACGGAGAACUACUGGAUGGUGGCUUCGAUUUGAGCACUGGUGGGGUUUGCGAGUAUUUAUAUGAUGUGAUCUACAUCACUGUCUUUGUGCAAUUGAUGUCUAUCAUUUCUGAAAAAUUUUGGUGGACAUAUUUAGUGAUUCCAGCUUUUGCUGGAUACAAGAUUUCCGGCUUGUUGAGAGGAGCAUUUUUCAGUGGUGGCUCAGAGGGUGAAGUUGAAGAUGAGAAGACCCGAAAGAAAAGGGAGAAGAUGGAGAAGAAGGCAUCUAGGGGGAAGAUGAUCAAAACUAGGACUCGCUGAUGUGACAUCUGUGGCCUGUUGCUUGAAAGUUAGGUUAGGUUGGUUUAUCAUAGCUGUCCGACCGAGUUCCAAACUGUUUGUCAAUAUUUAUAUCGUGAAUUUGUUAUAGCGUUC